GCAACUCCGAUAUUAACGACUCUGCGUAAAACAGCGUCAAAAUGCCUCAGAACGAGUACAUCGAGCGCUGGCAAAAGCAGCAUGGCAAGCGCUUCGACUACGAGGAGCGAAAACGCAAGCGCCUCGCCCGUGAAGGCCACGAUGCCUCUAAUAAAGCGCAAAACCUGCGGGGUCUGCGCGCAAAGAUGUACGCCGAGAAACGCCGGAAAGAAAAGAUCCAGAUGAAGAAGCAAAUCCGGGCGCACGAAGAACGAAAUCUAAAAUCGAGCGAGCCCGCAGAGGAGAGCUCGACGGCACUGCCGCAGUAUUUGCUGGAUCGGAGUAAUGAGAAGAAUGCGAAGGCGCUGAGUAGUGCGAUCAAGCAGAAGAGGAAUGAGAAGGCGGCGAGAUUUAGUGUGCCGUUGCCGAAAGUGAAGGGUAUAAGCGAGGAGGAGAUGUUUUCGGUCGUGAAGACUGGCAAGAAGACGCAUAAGAAGAGCUGGAAACGAAUGAUAACGAAACCUACGUUCGUAGGACCUGGAUUUACAAGACGGCCGGUCAAAUAUGAGCGCUUUAUUAGGCCUAUGGGACUGCGAUACAAGAAGGCUAAUGUCACACAUCCUGAACUCAAUGUCACGGUUCAAUUACCCAUCAUCAGUGUCAAGAAAAAUCCUCAGAAUCCGAUGUACACGCAGUUGGGUGUAUUAACCCGGGGAACGAUCAUCGAAGUCAAUGUCAGUGAGCUGGGCCUCGUCACAGCGGGUGGUAAAGUUGUUUGGGGUAGAUACGCGCAGAUCACGAAUAACCCGGAGAAUGACGGCUGCCUCAACGCAGUUCUGCUAGUUUAGAUCGUGGACGGUGACGGCACAAAGCUACGCAUUUGGGAUGGCGUUCGGCACUUGGGAGGAUGCCAGGCAUUAUGGGGGAAAUUGGGAGAGAUUUUAAUGGGAGCUCAAAAUGAUGAGCAUACUCGGCUAGAGCGAAACAUUCUGUGGCUAAUCAAGUAACAAAAAAGGGAUACCAAUAUAGAUUCACUAAAGAAG